AUGAACGCCAAAAUUAUCUGCCUUGUUGCUCUCCUUGCCAUCCUCGCCGUCUGCACUGAGGCUCAAUACUAUUACGGAGGCUACCCAAGCUACUACGGAGGUUACGGAAGCUACUACGGAGGAUACGGAAGCUACUACGGAGGAUACCCUGGCUACGGAUACGGAUAUGGCUACUACGGAAAGCGAGAAGCCGGAUUUGCUCCUCAACAGAACACUCAACAA